CGAAAGACAGCGCAUACACCCUGCGAAUAUCCACGGAGCGUCGAUUCGGUUUCACUGCUGCUUCCAGAGUGCUUUUUCACAAGAGACACCAUACUUGCUAGUGGAAUAUCCGACGGGUAUAACUGCACGCACGACGUGCUAUGAACGAUACUGCUCUCCGCCUUCACUUAACCAAUGCAUUCUGCCCUAGACUCCACGCCGUACGCAGGCUCUUCUAGUCGUCAUAGUUCCUCGAUGUCGAUGAGCGGUACGCCGAGGGAGUUCGACGUGAACGUUGAAGUGUAUGUCUCUAAGGCUGCCACUAUUUACCGCAAGCUCAACCCUCCUAUCCCGCGGAAGAAGUCUGAGAAGCGCGACUCGCUGAGGAAUAUGCCGAGCUCUAGCGACCUUGGACAGAGGAAAGUCAAAGAGAAGUCCAGUUGGCUUAGUCUAGCGCGUGGAGCAGGUGGUGCAGACCACUGGCGGUCCGCAAAGUGCACCUUGGAAGAGCAGGACGAGGGAUGCUUUCUCAAUAUCUAUAUUGAGAACACGGCGUUAUAUGCUCAAGUCUAUGUACAUGUUCUGCACCAUACCGACAUCCGCCACAUACACCGCUCCCUCUUUGAUCGCAAAGACUGUCUAGGCCUAUUUCCAAGCGCCAACCGUCAGAUAUCUAUCAGUCCCACGCCCACUCCAGAGCCUCUCUAUUUACAAUUUUCCGACACAGAUACGCUAAAUUUGUGGUUAGUAUUACUUCGGGCGUACGCAAUGCCUGAGGUGUACGGACGAUGGAUUAACAUACAAGAGGGCGGGUUGUACCGUAUGUGGAGGCAGGUCGACCUCACCUGCAUACAAGCACGCAAUCUUGGGGCCGUCCGCUCUGCGGAUGACUCCUCCCAGCCUGAGCAAGAAGAAACAUCGGACAUGGAUGUUUACUGUUCACUUUGGGUAAACGGCAUGCUGUCGGGCAAGACAACAGUCCGGAAAGGCCUUGGCUGCCCAGAUUGGCACGAAGGCUUCACUUUCAGCGAUCUGCCACCAUUUGA